CCUCCCAAUCAUGUGAUUCAGGUGGUCCAAUCCUCUCCCAAUCUUGUGAUUCAGGUGUUCCAAUCCCCUCCAAAUCAUGUGAUACAGGUGUUCCAAUCCCCUCCCAAUCAUGUGAUUCUGGUGUUCCAAUCCCCUCCCAAUCAUGUGAUUCAGGUGUUCCAAUCCCCUCCCAGUCUUGUGAUUCAGGUGCUCCAAUCCCCUCCCAAUCAUGUGAUUCAGGUGUUCCAAUCCCCUCCCAAUCAUGUGAUUCAGGUACUCCAAUCCCCUCCUAAUCAUGUGAUUCAGGUGUUCCAAUCCCCUUCCAAUCAUGUGAUUCAGGUGUUCCAAUCCCCUCCCAAUCAUGUGAUUCAGGUGCUCCAAUCCCCUCCCAAUCAUGUGAUUCAGGUGUUCCAAUCCCCUCCCAAUCUUGUGAUUCAGGUGUUCCAAUCCCCUUCCAAUCAUGGUGAUUCAGGUGCUCCAUUCCCCUCCCAAUCA